CAUACCGUGACAGAUAGUUGCCCUUCUCCUUUCUCCCAUGCCAGGACCUGCCCCGACCUCUGAUCGAGGCUGACCUUUACAUUGCGUUCGAGUGUCCCGCCCCCCACAGCCGGACUAUAUAAGGACGAGGCAUAGCAGCCAGGUCAUAGUCGGACGCACUUCUCCGCACGUGACAGACAUGAAGGUUCUCGUUGUUGGUGAGUUUUUUUUUUUUUUUUUAAUAAUUGUUUUGUGUAAUAAAAAUGAUUGGCAAUUUAGAGGCAUUUCCGUUUGUUUUUAAACAUUCUGGCUACAAUUAUCCUAUACUAUACUGUUUAUUUAGUUUUAAUGAUACACAUAACUACGAUUCCAUUUGCAGUUGCACUGGCAGCUGCCGCCGUUGGCCAGCAGAUCCAGCUGCAAAGGCAGUAUGACACUGCCGUCCGCCUUGCCACUCCCAGGUACUUCCAGCAGGGUGGAAGCUUCACCUCACCUUCCUUCCGCAACACAAAUGGCCAACUGCAAGGCGAUUCCUUCCAGAACUCUUUCCAAACUGCCACUUCAGACAGCAACAGCUUCCGUCAGUCUGGACUCUUCCAGAACAGCAACCAGCUCCAAAGGAAUGCUGACACCAACACCAACCAGUUCCAGACUACAUCAUUCCCGCAGAGUUCCUUCGACUCGAAUGCCUUCCAGCAGAACAGCGGAAGUCCAUUCCAGCAGAACUCAAACGCUCAGUCUGGCAACAGCUUCUUCCAGUCAGGUUCCAAUCAGUUUGGUUCCGACAACCGAUUCCAGACCAACACUAAUCAGAUCAAUUCCGGAAGCCGAUUGCAGUCCAGCUUCGACAACCAGGAUUCCAACAACAGAUUCCAGUCAAGCUUCAACAACCAGGAUUCCAACAACAGAUUCCAGUCAAGCUUCAACAACCAGGAUUCCAACCAAUUCCAGUCCAUCUUCAACAACCAGGAUUCCAACAACCGAUUCCAGUCAACCUUCAACAACCAGGAUUCCAACAACCGAUUCCAGUCCACCUUCAACAACCUGGAUUCCAGUAACCGCUUCUCCUCAGAACUCUCAGUCCAGUUCCUUCCUUGGAACCGCGGAGUCUUCGAGCCUCUGAACCUUCCCUCCGGCGCCAGUGCCUUACUGGGAAGCAUCACCAGCUCCUUCAGCUGCCUCGACCGUCCCUACGGUUACUACGCUGACCAGGACAACUCAUGCCGUGUCUUCCACGUGUGCAACCCAACACUCUUCUCCAACGGCGCCGUCGAAACCUACCAGUACAGCUUCAUGUGCGGCGAGGGUUCCGUGUUCGACCAGAAGGAGCUGGCUUGCGUAGCGGAGUCGUCCGCCAUCCCCUGCCAGGAAUCCUCCAGCUACUUCUACACCAACGAGCAAUAUAUAGACUUUAUCCUUAGUGUUAACAACAUCGAGAGACAAAGAAAUGAAACAGUAACAGUGACCCACAACGAGGAAUAUCUAGCCAAGAUAGUUGCCCUUCUCCUUUCUCCCAUGCCAGGACCUGCCCCGACCUCUGAUCGAGUGUCCCGCCCCCCACAGCCGGACUAUAUAAGGACGAGGCAUAGCAGCCAGGUCAUAGUCGGACGCACUUCUCCGCACGUGACAGACAUGAAGGUUCUCGUUGUUGUUGCACUGGCAGCUGCCGCCGUUGGCCAGCAGUUCCAGCAGCAAAGGCAGUAUGACACUGCCGUCCGCCUUGCCACUCCCGGGUACUUCCAGCAGGGUGGAAGCUUCACCUCACCUUCCUUCCGCAACACAAAUGGCCAACUGCAAGGCGAUUCCUUCCAGAACUCUUUCCAAACUGCCACUUCAGAUAGCAACAGCUUCCGUCAGUCUGGACUCUUCCAGAACAGCAACCAGCUCCAAAGGAAUGCUGACACCAACACCAACCAGUUCCAGACUACUUCAUUCCCGCAGAGCUCCUUCGACUCGAAUGCCUUCCAGCAGAACAGCGGAAGUCCAUUCCAGCAGAACUCAAACGCUCAGUCUGGCAACAGCUUCUUCCAGUCAGGUUCCAAUCAGUUUGGUUCCGACAACCGAUUCCAGACCAACACUAAUCAGAUCAAUUCCGGAAGCCGAUUCCAGUCCAGCUUCGACAACCAGGAUUCCAACAACAGAUUCCAGUCCACCUUCAACAACCAGAAUUCCAACAACAGAUUCCAGUCCAGCUUCAACAACCAGGAUUCCAACAAUAGAAUCCAGUCCAUCUUCAACAACCAGGAUUCCAACCGAUUCCAAUCCACCUUCAACAACCAGGAAUCCAACAACAGAUUCCAAUCCACCUUCAACAACCAGGAUUCCAGCAACCGCUUCUCUCAGAACUCUCAAGCUAGUUCCUUCCUUGGAACCGGUUCGUCGUUCGAUUCCUCCACUGACUCCGUCAGUGGAGUCUUCGAGCCUCUGAACCUUCCCUCCGGCGCCAGUGCCUUACUGGGAAGCAUCACCAGCUCCUUCAACUGCCUCGACCGUCCCUACGGCUACUACGCUGACCAGGACAACUCAUGCCGUGUCUUUCACGUGUGCAACCCGACACUCUUCUCCAACGGCGCCGUCGAAACCUACCAGUACAGCUUCAUGUGCGGCGAGGGUUCCGUGUUCGACCAGAAGGAGCUGGCUUGCGUAGCGGAGUCGUCCGCCAUCCCCUGCCAGGAAUCCUCCAACUACUUCUACACCAACGAGCAGUUUGGACGCCCUGAAGAUAAAUCAUUUUAAGAGAAUCAGAAACUGACCUUUACAAAGACGGAUUAUUUUGUUGGUAAUCUGCUGCAUAAGCAAAGAGUUUAUUAGAGAAUAUGUACCAUAAAUAGACGAAGUAAAUUUUCCAAUAAAUUAACUAAAGAAACA